UUCUGAACAAAAGAAACUUAAACUAGUUUCCGUCUCUCUCUCUAACCCAGAUCGUGUUCUCUUUGAAGACCUCUACAGAAAUCUUCCUCUUCCUCUUCCUCUUCGAUUACUCAGAAUAUCUUUCUCUCGCUCUAUUGCUUAAUUAUUAGGGUUUUUGACCGAAUAACUUAUCAUCUCAUCCAUAAAUAUUUUAUUAACCUCAGGUUUGGCAGAUGGCACUUUGAUAAGUUAUAAAAUUAUACGAGUAAAAUGCAGCCCCCCAUGGGAAAUGAAAGGCCCGGGCCUCCAAAUUUCCCUGGAAGACCUGCAGCUUCACCUAUGGUUCCUGCCCUUGUUCCGACAAUGCCUGGACCUCCUAAUUUCCCUGGAAGACCCACAACCUCACCUAUGGCUCCUGCUCCUGUUCCAACAAUGCCUUAUUCAUCCUCUGGACCUACAAAUUUCCAUGGAAAACCUGCAGCUAUGCCUAAUGGUCCAUAUGCACCACCUUCACAAGUCUCAGCUAAUGUAGGCCCUUAUCAACGUUUUUCGACACCACAGAUUACACCACCAGCACCACCUAUGUCUCCAUUCGGUGGCCCACCUGCUGGUCAAUCAACAUUACCCGCUCCCACUGUUCCUUCUGGAGGUCAACAAGCUUUUCAGCCCUCACAUUCUCCGUUUCACUCACAGCCCCAGCUUUCAUCAAUGCCUAUGGCACCUCCACCUCAACUUCAAAGUGGAAGUUAUCCGACUCAAAGAGGGAGUGCUCCCCCGUCCGCUGUAGAUUCAUCAUUUCCCUCAGCAAGGCCAAAUGUAUAUGGAUAUCCUUAUAGGCAAGCAACUCCAGGUCCUCCACCGGUGCAAAGUCCUGGUUUUCUUGGUCGCCCAGUAGCUUAUGGACCACCUAAUCCUCAUGCAGCUCACACAAAUUCAUUGCAACAUCCUGGUGUGGGUCCUCCUGUAGGGGGUCUUCCAGACUUAGUAGAGGAGUUCCGCUCGCUAUCUGUUGGAUCUGCUCCAGGAUUAAUGGACCCUGGAAUUGAUCACAGAUCACUGCCAAGACCGUUAGAUGGUGAUGCUGAGCCAACAUCCCCUGUUGGAAUGUACCCCAUGAAUUGUGCUUCUAGGUACUUGCGGCUCACAACUAGUGCAAUGCCAAAUUCCCAAUCACUUCUUGCGAGGUGGCAUUUGCCUCUUGGAGCAGUUGUUCAUCCUCUUGCUGAAGCUCCAAAAGGGGAGGAAGUGCCGAUAGUCAAUUUUGGACCCACUGGCAUUAUUCGUUGUAGGAGAUGCCGCACAUAUGUCAAUCCAUAUGUGCAAUUUAUGGAUGCAGGACGGAAGUGGCGCUGCAACAUGUGUGCUUUCAAUAAUGAUGUUCCCGGUGAAUAUUUUGCUCAUCUGGAUGCUAGUGGUAGAAGAAUUGAUAUGGAUCAACGUCCUGAACUGACGAAGGGUAGUGUAGAUUUUGUUGCUCCAACCGAAUACAUGGUGCGACCUCCAAUGCCGCCGCUAUAUUUUUUCCUCAUAGAUGUAUCAAUUUCUGCAGUCAAAUCUGGUAUGCUCGAGGUUGUAGCGAAGACCAUAAAGUCUUGUUUGGAUGAGCUGCCUGGCUCCCCAAGGACACAGAUAGGUUUUAUAACUUAUGACAGCACAUUGCAUUUCUACAAUAUGAAGUCAUCCCUGACGCAGCCCCAAAUGAUGAUAGUGUCAGAUCUAGAUGAUAUAUUUGUACCAUUGCCAGAUGAUCUCCUUGUAAACUUGUCUGAAUCCAGACACGUGGUGGAUUCGUUCCUAGAUAGCCUGCCAACCAUGUUUCUGGACAAUGUAAAUGUGGAAUCCGCGUUUGGGCCAGCACUGAAAGCAGCAUUUAUGGUUAUGAACCGACUUGGGGGGAAGCUUUUGAUCUUUCAAACAACACUACCAACUCUUGGUGUUGGCCGGUUAAGAUUACGUGGCGAUGAUCUUCGUGUUUAUGGAACAGAUAAGGAACAUGCCUUGAGAAUACCAGAAGAUCCAUUUUACAAGCAAAUGGCUGCUGAUCUUACUAAGUUCCAGAUUGGUGUGAAUGUAUAUGCUUUCAGUGACAAGUACACCGAUUUGGCUUCCUUAGGAACACUAGCAAAGUAUACUGGUGGCCAGGUAUACUACUAUCCAAGUUUUCAAGCAGGUAUUCACAAAGAGAAGUUGACUUAUGAGUUAGCUAGGGACCUUACGAGGGAAACUGCUUGGGAAAGCGUCAUGCGUAUAAGAUGUGGAAAAGGAGUACGAUUUACCACGUAUCAUGGACACUUUAUGUUAAGGUCGACAGAUUUAUUGGCACUUCCAGCUGUUGAUUCGGAUAAAGCCUUUGCAAUGCAGUUAUCUUUAGAAGAGAAUCUACUGACAAAUCAAACCGUAUAUUUCCAAGUUGCAUUGCUAUAUACUUCUUCUACGGGAGAGAGGCGUAUCAGGGUCCAUACAGCUGCAGCACCGGUGGUAGCUGACCUUGGAGAGAUGUACCGCCAGGCUGACACUGGUGCAAUAGUAUCUGUGUUUAGUAGGCUCGCCAUUGAGAAAGCUUUAUCAUAUAAACUAGAAGAUGCACGUCAUUCUGUGCAACUGAAGAUUGUCAAAGCCCUGAGGGAAUACCGAAAUCUAUAUGCUGUGCAGCAUCGUUUAGGCGGAAAGAUGAUAUAUCCUGAAUCACUAAAACUCUUACCUCUAUAUGGGUUGGCGUUGUGUAAAUCUGUACCUCUUCGUGGAGGAUUUGGUGAUGCCCAGCUUGACGAACGUUCUGCAGCUGGUUAUACCAUGAUGACAUUACCUACUUCGAGGCUGCUAAAGCUUCUCUAUCCGAACUUAAUUCGCAUUGAUGAGCACCUUGCAAAGGGACCAGCAAAUGCUGAUAAUUUGGCGAGUCACUUGAAGGAAUUACCUUUAGCUUCAGAGAGCUUAGAUUCCAGAGGCCUUUAUGUUUAUGAUGAUGGACUCCGCUUUGUUAUUUGGCUUGGCAAAAUUUUAUCACCUGAAAUAGCUAACAAUUUAGUUGGGGUGGAUUUAUCAGGUUUCAUUGAUCUGUCCAAGAUUAACCUUUCGGAGCAAGAUAAUGAUACAUCAAGAAGGCUAAUGGCGAUACUGAAAAGACUAAGAGAGAAGGAUCCUUCCUGUUAUCAGCAUUGCCAUCUUGUAAAGCAGGGUGAACACCCAAGAGAAGGUUUACUGCUGCUUGUGAAUCUAGUCGAGGACCAGAUUGCUGGAAGUAGUAGCUACGUGGACUGGAUGCUUCAAAUUCAUCGUCAAGUUCAGCAGGCUGCUUAAUACUUAUAAAAGGUUAUAUAUAGAUGUCUUGAUAGACUUGCAAAAGUUGAUUUGGUCAGCAACCUCCGAGAUUACUAUACUCUGAUGUCAACUUCAGAUGGACUGAUGAGGAGAUAGAACAUGUGAAGGAGAAGAAGCAAUUAGAAGAAACAAUUGAAAUAGGUGGAUUUCAACUCGAGGGUUUGGGCUUAAUGGAAACUGAUUACCGCCUACACCGCGAUAUGGUUAAGAACAGUUAAGCGCUGUUAUUUGAUCAAAUAAAUAACUAAACGAGGGUUAGUUUUAGUUUAAUGUAGUGUUUUUAACAUUAAAGAAAUAAAUUUUGUGUACCUAAUGUUAUAACCUACUUUUUCUUUUCUUUUUUAGUUUCUUAUUGUUUAUUCUUGCGUGUUUUUUUGUGUGUGCGCGUCUUUGGGAGUUAUGUCAAAAAGAAGAUUUAUAUGAAAAUUUAUCACAAGUGUUGUAGUACAAGCGUAAAACUGGUUUUUAUUUUCU